AUGACCAAGCUUUCUGAGGAAGAAGAAAAACUUGCUAGAGCUGCAAUUGAGGAGAAUGAUACGUUACGUCUGAUAUUGCAAGAGUCUGCCGAGGGAGGCUGCGCCAACGAGGAAGCUACUGGGCCAAGUGCCGAUAGAGUUGAUAGUAUAUUUGCACUUAAACGUGGCAAUGAUAUUUUGAAGGGGGAAAUUGCGGAUCUACAAAGUCAACUUGAUGCUUCUGAUGUCAGUACUGCGGAGACCGUUCACAAGUUCAAUCGAUUACAAAACAAAAGAGCACACUUGCGAAAUGAAACUCGAAGCCUAGAAAAUAUUGCGAAUCAUCAGGCGCCAAAGGUGAAGGAAGCAAAUCGACUUGCCCUUGAUCAGUUAGCAAUGAAAAGAUCAUGUGAUGAGAAAAAUAGGGUCUCAAGAGAAGAAAUAAAAAAACUGAAGGAGGUAAGAGAAAAGGAAAUGGAAAAACUUUAUGCUACUUUGCGCAAGGAGGCGCAUCUCAAGGAACAGCUUGAAAAUGCUAAUUUGCUGUUAAAUAGUUCUGAUCGUCAGGCACUUAAGAAUGCUAUUGUCUCAAAAGACAAGGCAAUUCAAAUGCUAGAAGAGGAUAUUGAGAGGGCUCGAAACACUCAAGAAAAACAUACAAAUUAUGGGAGUGAAUACAAGGAGGAUAGUUUGGCGGAACUUCGCAAAGAGCACGAUGACCUUCGCGAACAAAUUCAAGCGCUUCAAAUGGUUCAAGGGCCACCCCGCAUGUAA